GAAUUAUCGAUCGAUUAAAGGGAGACGGAGCGCACCAACACAACGCCGGGCCGAGCAAAACAAAUGCAGAAAAGCCGGAGCCGACUCGCACGGCAAUUGCGUAAAUGAAUGGCGGCCGUCGCCUGCCCUGCACACACGCGAAAAUUUGUUAGUAAUACUACGCGCGCUGAGCAUGUGUGACGCCGCUGGAAAAUCGCUAAGAGAGCCGCCGCGCCGCGCUAUCACAUGCCAGAGAAAAUAAAUCAGAGUCAGUUUUGUGAGGGACGUGCAAGAGUUUGGAGUCAAGUUGAAAGGCGGACGUGGAUUCGUGACAGUCGCGCGUCAAGUGAGUUUUGUGUCUAAAAUCCUCAGCCGGCGAGCGUGCUUUGUGUACAUUUCGAUAAAAUUGCCAUUCCGCCUGGCGUCAGCGUCAUUUUGCCAUCGAAACCAGUGAGUGAUCGACGGUGCGAGUGCUCGAAACUCGUCCGGGAAAGUGAGAAGCCGCGCGGACCGUGCGAAUUCCUCAGCGACCGAUUGUCCCGUUCUCGGCGGCCGCAGCUCCAGCGACGUCAACGGCACGGCAGGUCCCGAGUUCCAGCAAAACACAAAACUAAUCAAUAAAAGUGUCAAGUGCCGGGCGAUGGUGCCCGCGAAGCAAAACAUCUCCACCGGGUCGGGUCUGGUCCGCGGUCGCUUGCCCGCGUUCACGGGCUAGAGCCAGGUCGCGGCGAUCCGCCAGCGAACGGUUGUGUGUUUGUUGUGGCCCCAGCCGCAGGCCGGCGGCCAUUCACCAAAUGUUUUUGUAGUAAACGACGCACGACAGACGACCUUCAAAAGCGUUUUACGCGUUCCUACGUCAGCGGCCUCCAUGUCUCCGGCGAGUGUCAGUGGCCCGAACUUUUCUCCGUGAAUUCCAGGCGGCCGGUGAGCGAGUGUUGGUGGAUUUUACUCUCGGCAAACGUCAGAUUCGGCAGCGGCGGCAGCGACUCAUUCAACUCGGCAACGGGCUGCGGACGGUGCUGCGGGAAAUGUCAAAAUAGCAACGAGUCCCGGCGAUCUGGGUGAUGCCAUUCGCGUAGAAGUAGCGGCAGAUAGUGUCGCGUCGAGUUGGAUUUUUCCUUCACUUAUCUGCGAUUUUCCCACGAAAACGCUGGAUUUCCGCCCGCAAGAAACAUAAACACGCGCCUCGCAGUGUCUCUGAACUGUCUGUUCCCUGACUUUCUCUCUCCACUGUGUGCUUCGAACGCUCGCCACUUUGUGUGCUCAAGUAGUUUCCCUGUAGCUUUUGUGAAAAUAAAGGAAAUCUCAUUGCAGAAAUUGUCUCGUUAUUGUCUCCUUGGAGUGUCUUAAGUUUUCACACUUUCCGAUUUAUCCUGCGCGAGUUCUCGUCCUGAUAAAACGUAAAGUGCGGCUCGAAUGCGUUCGAAUUGAAUCGUGCGAAGGCAAGUAAACGUGGAAAUCUCCGUCCUUGGUUUGAUUUUGCAGCACUCGACGAGCAGAAAUUGGAAUUGCAAGGAUUACGCGGUUGCACGGACGUUCACAAGCAGAAGGACUCAUCCAAAGAAUCAGGAGGAACGUAGUCUGAUACUGCAAACAUCGGUGUUCUCAAGCGGAACGGUCAAUAUCAUUCCACGCCACUAACUCCGUUCAUCUCUUUGCGAGAAAGGAUCAGUCGACGCCAGAGCAUUUGCUAACUGCAAUCAAUAUAAUAAGAUUGCCCAGAAUUAAGUAGUCGAUCGGAAGAAAUAAUAUUCAACAUCGGACAAUCUUCAACCAAACAACAACGAACUGCCGAGUAUAAAGCAAACCGACAUAAACGGAGACGUGUCGUUGGGAAGCAACGACCAGUUUACCAUUUUAUUAGGUUGCGAGACAUAAAAAAAGAUAGUUUAAUGUAAAUGUUUGCACCAAUGUAAUUACAAUUACGAUAAAUCCCCACCGAACGAACAUUAUGAUGGAUACAAUGAAACUAAUUUGAUGCGCUCUAAGGCGAAAUCAGAAGUGUUUGGAUCAGCGUUUUCAGUGAGCGGUAUUUCAUACUAUUUUUACACGUACCAGAUUUAACAUUGGACAGCAUACGUUCCACGAACUUGAGCUAGAGAAGCGGUGUUCUGCCAUCUUACGUUUCAAGAUGGCGGGCUUAAUACAACGACUACGACUAUUCAUACUACUUAUUCUAAUUUUCUGCAACGGAAACCAUGCCCUCUCAGAUGGUCUGCAGCACAUAUCCGAUGGAAACGGAGGAAUGGGUGUUAGUCCAGCCCCCGCCGUUGGAUUACCUGCCAUGCCACGUGAACCCAGAUCUCGAUGUGAGGAAAUCACGAUACCUAUGUGUCGUGGAAUCGGCUACAAUCUGACCUCAUUUCCGAAUGAAAUGAAUCACGAAACGCAGGAAGAAGCUGGACUGGAAGUGCAUCAAUUUUGGCCCCUAGUGGAGAUUGGAUGUUCAUCAGAUUUGAGGUUUUUCCUAUGCUCGAUGUACACACCAAUUUGUUUGGAAGACUACCAUAAACCUUUGCCAGUCUGUCGAUCGGUUUGUGAACGUGCCAGAAGGGGAUGCGCUCCAAUCAUGCAGCAAUACAGCUUCCAGUGGCCGGAGCGAAUGGCUUGUGAGCAUCUUCCAUAUCAUGGAAAACCGGACAGUCUUUGCAUGGAAGAACCAAGCUAUACCGAAAACGGCGAUGGAACAGGAACAUCAAGCGGUGGCGGGGGGUCUUCUGCAAUGGGCGGAAGUAGCGGAGGUAGCGGUAACUUCAAACCGACAAAGAAACCACAAACUGCUGGCACCGGAAACAAUCAAAAAUGCAAAGGUAAAAAUUCAAAAAACUGUCAAAGCGCCCCAGGGGCAGGUCAAAGGGAGUGCAGUUGCAGUUGUCGGGCACCCCUGAUACUCUUGGGGAAGGAAAAUCUGUGGUACAACACAACUGUCGGAAGGGUCGCCGGCGUUCCAAAUUGCGGGAUUCCGUGCAAGGGCCCAUUCUUCGCAAACGACGAAAAGGAGUUCGCCGGAAUAUGGAUCGCUCUGUGGUCGGGCCUGUGCUUCGUCAGCACUCUAAUGACACUCACCACGUUCAUCAUAGAUCCCGAAAGGUUCAAGUACCCUGAGCGACCGAUAGUAUUUUUAUCGGCAUGUUAUUUUAUGGUCUCCAUUGGAUAUCUCUCUCGGACAUUUUUUGGAAAUGAAGAUAUAGCUUGUGACGGUCGAGCUAUUAAACAGUCAUCGUCAGGACCGAACUCGUGUACUUUGGUGUUCUUGUUGGUUUAUUUCUUUGGAAUGGCUUCGUCGAUUUGGUGGGUUAUUCUGUCGUUUACAUGGUUUUUAGCGGCAGGUUUGAAAUGGGGAAACGAAGCUAUUGCCAAACAUUCUCAAUAUUUCCAUUUGGCUGCGUGGCUUGCUCCUACUGUUCAGAGUGUUGCUGUUCUGCUUUUAUCGGCAGUUGAUGGCGACCCAAUUUUGGGAAUUUGCUAUGUGGGCAAUACAUCCACCGAAAAUUUAAAGACUUUUGUAUUGGCUCCGCUUUUUAUUUAUUUGGUGGUCGGAACCACUUUCCUUUUAGCUGGUUUUGUGUCGCUGUUCAGAAUUAGAUCCGUAAUUAAACAGCAAGGUGGGGUUGGAGCUGGUGCUAAAGCAGAUAAACUUGAGAAAUUGAUGAUUCGGAUUGGAAUUUUUAGUGUGCUGUAUACUGUGCCAGCCACAAUUGUGAUUGGUUGCUAUCUGUAUGAAGCGGCGUUCUUUGAAGACUGGAUAACCGCUUUAGCAUGCCCUUGUUCUACAGCUACAGGGCAUCGACAGAAGCCUCUUUACUCUGUUUUAAUGCUCAAAUAUUUGAUGACGCUUGCCGUGGGGAUAACUUCAGGUGUGUGGAUAUGGUCUGGAAAGACUUUAGAGUCCUGGAGGAGGUUCUGGAGGCGGUUAUUCGGUAAUCCAGAUCGUACAGGCGCAAAUCAAGCGCUCAUAAAACAAAGGCCGCCAGUACCGCACCCAUACGCUGGUUCUGGGAUGGGUGUACCAGGAUCAGCAGCAACAUCUCUCCUAGCAACACCUUAUACUCAAGCUGGAGGAAGCGUUGCCUCCACCAGCCACCACCACUUGCAUCACCACGUUCUCAAGCAGCCACCGGCCAGCCAUGUAUGACCUGGCGAGUCAGGCGCCGCUUCAACCGGUGGUAUACCCAUUGGCAGUACGGGAGGAGGUGGCAGUGUAAUGGGUGGCGGCGGCUUAAUGAGUACAGGUAUUAGCAGUAGCACGGUAGGCGUGGGCAGUGGAGGACCUCCCGGUAUUUUAGGCAAUCCGAACAAUGGAAAUGGCGGGAAUGGAGGCAGUGGUAUUGGGGGCGUUGGGCCGCCGGGCUCGAUGAUGCCCAGUGCGCCAGGAUCGACAAUUGUUGAUCCGCGAGCGGUGUCGGUAGUCGUUACACUUCCCGGACCGCAACAUGGACAGGCUUUAAGCGACUACGGUCCUAUAUAGUUAACGGUCCGGCCCGAUACGGCCCGUUGGGUGUCAACCAGUAAUUUCAGUCAACUUUAAAUAAUUUAUGACUUUUUACUUAUCUCCAACACGCGCCCCUUAACCAAUUUCCUUCCAUUCUUGUACAUGUACUUUAUUUAAUAUAAAUAAUAUUGAAUUAGCCAUUAUUUAUAUUUUUUAGAAAAAUAUAAAAAAUCGAUAAAGUAUAAUUUAUUUGAUGAAAACAAAUAAUUGUCGCCAAUCCAGCUCUCUUUCUAGUCCAGACACAAAGCAAAUAAUUAUUUUUUUCUACUAAUAUUAAUUCUUAUUGUAAUUCAGUUUUAAGUGAAGCCAAGAAUUAAGUUUUAUUAUUAAAAUAUCAAAGAAAAAACAGAAAAAAAGAAUCAUGCGUACUUUUCUUAGAGCAAAAACUACAAGAAAAUCUGAAAAAAAAAUACUUAGCCCUAGGGAUGCAAUCGUUUUCAUUUGUUAAAUAUUCAUUGUGAGAAAUAAAUCGUAGUAAGGAUCAUCCCCGUCAUACACAUACACAUUCAUUAAUUCGUAGGUUCUAAGAGCAGUGGAAUAAUUUUACGCAAGUUUUCUGAGACGCUUACAAGAAGAGGUGGGAAAAGCUAGUGUUGAUGUUUUUUCGGGGGCACAAAGUAGGAAACGAUGAAAUUCCAGAAUUAGCUAGAAGCAAGCGACAAACCACAAGAACACACGAGCAAUAUAUUAGACUGAAUCAAAUCCAGCUCCUCUUGAAAACGGGGGGCAUUUGAAAACAUCGUCAAGAUCAUGCCUACGCAGAGGAGGGGGAAAGCUUCUCAAGAAAGAAACCAUACUUAAAUGCGAAUUGCCAUAAAGUUUUCAACUGACGAAAUAGACUAAAAACACCGUAAGAGUAGGGAUAAAGUAAAUAUUGUAUCAUAAGAAAUUUAUAUUUUUCUUAUUGUAAAAAGGAAAUAACUAGAACAAAAAUCUAAAUGUAAAAAAUACUAAUUUGAGGACAACUCUACAAAUAUAAAUUACGAAUAUAUAUUGAGAAUAUUGAAAGCCACAUUGUUAUUUUUCCCAAAAGUUUUUCAUUUAUCUCAAACUGAAAAUGGAAAGAUUGAAUUGCAAAAUAGUUGUGAGUAGGUGUCUAGCAUCGUAGUCAAAUCUAUGAGAAAGUAUCUUUAGGAGUUUUUAAAAUUGGAUAAGGUUUGUUACUGAUUCAUGGUUGACCUUAAAGAUUAUUACAAAUUCGACGGAGACCUCCUGAGAAAUUUUGAACUCAAAAUAUGCAGACGUGAUCGCGGGACAUAUAAUUGGUCAAUUUUCCCUCAGAAACAUGCCAUACAACCACAAGCCUUUUAAUUUUUCAUCCUAUUCGUUUCAGAUCGAAAUGAGUAGUUGUAAAUAGGAAAAUCUUGUAGCUAUAAAAUAUUUAUUAAAAUCAACUCGACUUAAGACGUGUAAACAUAGAAUUUGUCUCUUUCUGUACAUGUUCGUCGUAUCAAUGUAAAUUAAAGGAAAAGUUGUGACCAGAGGAAAACACUUUUUUUCUACAUACACAAACCAUUUCAUUAGUUAGAAAUGUGGCGUAACGAUAAUUGUAAAUUUAUUUACAUCAUUCAUCAUUAGUUUCCAUAAUUCUUUGUAAGGAAUGGAACCACGCAAAGAACAACUUCGAAUUAACUUUCAUAUUUAUGUGUAUAUUCCUUUGUUUUAAACUUUUAAGAAUUGAAGAGAAAACAACGCUAUUUGGUGCAAACUAAUUUAUUUAAGAAAAAUUAUGAUGAAAGAAAAUUUAAGGAAAACAAUGAAAAGUUAGACUUAUAAGGAGCCACACAGUCGGAGCUGUUUUUCUGUUUUCGAAUGGUAACAACUAAGUUCCACUUUUAUACGUAAACGUAAGCAAACAAUUUUGCGACAAAUAUCGAAAGAAUUUUUGUUUUAAGAUGAAAGAUAACGAUUACAACAUGUUUAUACGAUUUACUAUUAAAAUGAAGGAAAAGAAUAUUUCUAAAAUAUUGUCUAGACUUAUUGCUAUCUUCUUAAGAUAAAAUACUAUACAAGAAAUUAAUAAACAAUGAUUUUAUAUUUAAUUACUUUAUCUUGUUUUCUUUUGUUCGCUUGUGCUUUUCUUCAGUUUUCAGAUAUGAUUUCUUGGUACUUUGAGUUCUGCGCUUUUAUAAUUUUUUUCCUUUUGUUUGUUCGGGUCGGAUUCGGUUUGAGUGGAAUCACGGUCCCAGCGAAUCAAAUGGUCUAGAAAAAGAGCUAAAUGCUCUUAAUAAGAUUGUGUAUAGUGAAAAACGCACAUCGGGGAUCACGAACGUCUUUUUAUCCAGUGGAUGUUUAACAUUUACAGGAUAUACUGUAAGGCGGCAGUUGGAUCUUGUGUCCUUACCUACUGUUGAUUGUUUCCUAAACGAAAUGGAUAACAGUAGGAUCAUGAGAUUUUAUCACUCAAUUUUAAUUUGUUAUCUUUUUUUUUUGUAAAACUAAAUACGCUUUUAUUUCAGAUCUACGAAACCUCAAUACGUAAUUGAUGAUAAUUAUUGUGAAAAUAUAAAAGUAUACAGAAAAAAUAUAUUUGAAAAUUAUUUCGUAUAGAAGUAGUUUAUGUAUAAUGCAAAAAUUAUUAAAGCAAAGAAACAAAAAAGAAUAUUACUAAAAACAAAUGAGCAAAAAAA